UUUACAUUUACUUAGUGAUAAACCCGAAAAGGGCUAUGUAUUUUUUAUUUUGCACUUUUUUUGGCAACAAAAUUUACAGACUUCUUGACCCAGACCACUCCACGCUCAACGUGGUGUAUUAAUCAGCGUUUAAGACUCUACAACUACUUAGUACUUAUCUAAUCUGCAAGUCUUUUAUAUAGUCGUCAUUAUUGUUUACGAUCCCGCCAAGAUUGCAAAGUGAUUUCCACUACAAAAGCCUUUGCAGCAGGCCGAAGAGCCUCUCAGUAGGCACACGACUGCCCCAGUGGUUAAUUCAUAAUCCCAAGCAAUAUUGGAGUACAUUACGGAACGGGAGUAUCCCAGAAUAAGGUCGCCGACAUGACUUUCGAUACCAGCCAGCCGCAGAAGUUGAGUUUAUUUAGUGCGCGCUACCGAUGGCAGAUUAUUGCCACCAUGACGGUGCACAUUAUGACGCUGACUCAUGGCAUUGCCGUGGGAUGGCUGUCGCCGUCUCUCAGGCUACUUGGCUCCGACCAUAGUCCCCUGGGAGAUCCUCUCACCAUCACCGAAGCAUCCUGGGUCGGAUCCCUGAUUGGCCUGGGCUCGAUGACGGGCAACAUUGUAUUUGGACUGCUGAUUGAUCGUUUGGGCCGCAAACUCUGCAUGUACUUCCUGGCCAUACCCAAUAUGAUGUAUUGGAUCCUUAUCUACACCGCCCAAGACGUUACGUAUCUUUAUGCGGGACGCUUUCUGGCCGGGAUGUCGGGCGGUGGCUGCUACGUUGUCUUGCCCAUUUUCAUUGCGGAAAUCGCUGAUAACAGCGUUCGCGGCGCUUUAUCUUCCAUGGCCAUGAUGUACGUUAGCAUGGGCAUGAUGGUGGGCUUUGCCCUGGCCUCGUACCUCUCCUACUAUCUGAUGCCGUGCAUAAUCAUAGCCCUGCCGGUUGUCUUUAUGCUGGCAAUAUUCGGCCUAGCCGAGACGCCACAGUUUCUGCUGAGGCGCGGACAAGACGUGAAGGCCGAGAAGUCCUUCUACUUCUACAAGAAUCUCAGGCCACCCCCAGCCGGCGACAAGGAAUCAUCUCACCAUGACGCGGCCAAAAUCGAGUUCGACACCUUCCGCCUGCAGGUACUCAGCGGCGGUGUCACCGAGAGCAUUACCUGGCGAGAUUUCAUCAAUGCACCCACUCUAAAGAUAUUCGGCCUUAUAUUUGUGCUAAUCGUUUGCAAUCAGCUCUCUGGGAGCUUCGCCAUCUUCAACUACACAUCGCACAUCUUCGCAGAGCUGGGCAACAAGCUGGAUCCCAACACCUCCACCAUUGUCGUAGGCGCUGCCCAGUUGGUGGGGAUCUUAUGUGCUGUGGCCCUAGUGGAUCGCCUGGGUCGUCGUGUCCUGCUGCUUACCUCAAUGGGUGGCAUGGGCCUCGGCGAGUUGGCAAUUGCCCUUUUGAAGACUUUUGCCUCGGAGGAGUUCCUUGACCAGAAUGGCUGGCUGCCGUUGGUCAUCAUGUGCCUGGUGGCCGCCAUUGCCUCGCUUGGUGUCAUAGCCCUCAUCUUUGUCAUCAUCAUCGAACUGCUGCCAGCUAAGAUCCGCUCCAUUGGCACCUCCUUGAGCAUGGCCACCUUCAGUGGAUUCAUUUUCGUGGCCCUAAAGAUCUAUCCCAUAAUGAUCAACGAUCAUGGCCUGGCCGCCACGAUGUUCAUGUCGGCGGGCAUGUGUUUCUUUGGAUUCGUAGUGCUGGGAAUCCUCCUCCCCGAGACCAAAGGCAGGCUACUGACGCACUGAUCACUCAUCUGACAUCAACCCAACUAGGCCCAGCGGCGAAGUCAAAGAGUUGGCCGGGGCCUUUGUUGGGCGGCAAGUCCAUUGAAUAAGCUGGUUAAGAGGAAUCCAUACGCGGCUCCAUGUCAAUAAUUUGUGGCACAAAAGCGGCAACGGCUCAUCCUGAACUCUUGAACCCACAUAAUUCAAUUUCGGAGCUCUGUGGUUUCCUUUGGAACUUUUUUGUACAUAGAAAUUUAAUUUAAUUUGAAUGGAGAAAGUCUUGGGGCUGUGAUCUUGCGAUUGAUAAGCGCGAAAAUUGUAAAUGAAUAGGUCUAAGUAAAUAAUAGCUAUUAUUUGCCUUAAA